UUAGAGAGAAAAAAAAGAAGAAGAGUCAAUUAUGUCAUUAUAACCAAAAUGAAUUCCCUAACUCGAGUUUUUACUAAAUUAAGUUUAUUAGAUACAACAAAUAUUUCUCACAGAUUAUGUAGUGUCAGAUUCAAAGCAAAAAUAGUUGAAUUACCACAAAUUGGACACGGGAAAUGUUUCCGUCGUAUCGUUCACUACCCCGAAGAAUAUACAGUGAAACCAUUAAACGUAACGAAUUUGGCUGGAAGAGACCCUAAAACCGGUAGAAUGAUAGUAAAAGGAAUCGGAGGCGGUAUAAAACAUAAAUACCAUUGGAUAGAUUGGAAACGAGUGGGCCCAAAUGAAGAAGGAAAAGUACAAACUGAAAAAGUAAUCAAGAUAAUCAAAGACGGUUGUCGAACUGCUAAUAUCGCUUUGGUAGCCCACGGAGAUAAACUCAAAUACAUUUUAGCGACCGUUAACAUGAAACCUGGGGAUAUUUUAAAAACUUCCUGUUACAUACCGAGAAUACCGGUUCGACCCAACGAAGGGGACGCUUAUCCUUUGGGGGCCCUCCCGUUGGGUACGCAGGUGCACAACGUCGAAAAAUACCCCGGUGUGGGGGGAUUUCUCGUACAUUCCGCGGGUACUUACGCUACGAUUUUAAGAAAAGCCAAAGACGAUCGCGUCGUUAUAAUGACGCCGUCGAAAAAAGAAUUCAGUUUACCAGCAACUUGUAUGUGUACUGUUGGUAGGUUGAGUAACAUAGAACAUGGUAGCACUCCCAUUGGUUCUGCCCAACGUAACCGUGAAUUAGGUAACCGACCGCGGUCGGGGUUGUGGCAGAGGAAGAGAGGUAUCCAUGGGAGGAAGAUAAGAAGACCCCCACCGGUUAAAAUGAUUGUAGAUAAACCAAAGGACGAAAGGGAGACGAUAGUGUUUACUUGCGAUAGGCCAUUCGUAAAAACCCCUAGGUUCCAAUUCCACUACUGAAAUUCGUUUUUUUUAAUAAAACGUUUGUUAUAA